AUGUCCAACUAUGCCAACAGUCCCCAGUCAUCAUCUCUCCCCCUUUCGUCAACAUUGGUGCCAUCAUCCCAGCCAUUGUCCCAGCCACCAGCCUUGAAGAAGACGGGGGUGAGCAGCACUGCUAAAGUCGCUGCCAAGAUCAUACCAGCGGCCGCCGUCAUGAACAUGCAAGGCACUAUAAAUUGCCUCACUGACAUUAUCGAGAGGAAUAUGAUGGCUCCAUCUGACCUACCUGUUGUUGUUGCGCCAACCAUGAUAUCCCAUGGCCUGUCAAUUUUGCGUGGUGCAGAUGGAGAUCUGCCUGUUUCUCAGAGAGCCAACCUCUUGCAGAUACUUUUGCGCUCUGGAGUAUCUACCUCAUGUAUCGCAUAUCACAUUCUUCGCAAUGCCAAUGGAUUCUCCAUGUCUUCGCUGGGUGUUUGGGCAUCAAGGGUUGCUGAGGGUAGCCCAGGAGUGGUUCAGGAGUGGUUCUCAGUUAGGCAAGCCAGGUUCUGGGGUCUUGGACCCAGUAGAAACGGCGAGGAACCUACCAAUUGGAUAUGGAAGUAUGACCUCUCAUUUCUGCUGUCUUAUACGGAUGCGGACAAGAUAAACAGGUUUGAGCUCCAGUGCGCAGCAGCAAGCCCUGCAGAAGUGUGGUUUGCGACCCUAGGGAUGGCAGAGAAAGCCUCCUGGGCCACCUUCCUUGCAGCCUUCAGAACACGGUGGCCUCAACCACCACAGGUAACACUCACAGUUGCACAGAAGAAGGACCAAAUUCAUGCACUGACCCUCAAGGACGAGGAUAUCGGAGUAAUGAUUGAGGAGGACAGAGGCAGAGAGUGGGGACACAUUAAGUGGGCAAGGCAGGACUUUCUAUCUGAUCAAUACACAACUUGGGCUGACUUCAAAACAGACGUUGCCAAAGUCUCAGUGUCGCAACUUGUAUGGGCAAAGCAAUGGUUAACAAUGGAGCGCAAGCUCAGAGAGGAUGUUGACAAACUCCAGAACCAAAUCAGUAGCAGCCACAAGACAUCCACACCAUCACCCCAGAACACUCAGAACCCCUACAUUGCGCCACCUGCUUAUCAUUACAGCCCUCACUAUGGAACCCUGUCAACGGCACCCCCCACAACAAAUGCUCCCACCAGCCACAUUCCAGAUUCCCCAGAUACCACUCGCUCCUCAGACCCCUCAGAACCAGCAGAUCCUGAUGCAGGGAAGCAAGCAUAUACCCAACAGGUCCAAGACUGGCACAACCAGCAUGGGGCAGAGGCUAUUCUGAACUCUCAACAACCCUACCAACUGAAACCAGGAACCUUACCAAUCGGGUCAAGGGAAUGUUUCACCUGUGGGAUUGCAAUGUCACCCCCCACACCAGUCCUACAAAUGCACAAAUGCACGAACACACCUCUACCUCCGCAGGAGACAAAGUGGCGCGAGAUGGUAUCGCGCCUGGUAUUUAGAGCGCUCAUGAUGGCGCCCACCGCAGAUGAACGUGCAGUACACAACACCCCCUCCAUUUCGAAGGAUAUAGAUGCUCACGAUGACCAACCGUCCCCCGACCUUUCAGACAACUCGCAUAGCCUCCCUUCCACAGCAUCACCCUCUGUGCACACAUCAGACUUCAACACGUCCAUCAUCAACUUGCCAAUGAUAACUCGACUGGUCCAUCUUGAAAGCCAGGAACCGGAUGACGACCUCAUAGUACCAAUGUUGGAACUCAUCUCACUGAACCUUGUGGACUCAAGUGAUCCCAUGUCUAGUAUAGAUUCCGAUUCUGAUUUCGUUCCUAUUUCAACUUUACCAUUUUCCGAUUCUGAUUUUGAAUUUAUUUCUGCAUGUACAUCUUCUGAAGAACCCUCUAGCACCCCCUCAUGUACCAGUUUAUACGAACCCACACUAAGCACUGAACAACUGGACCCAGAGACUCCAGCAUCUAUAGAACUCAGUACUAGUGUAGUUGAUAUCGCGCUAAGUGUCAUAUCUACUCCUGAAUUAAUCAAAGUUCCUGACUGCUACCUUGGUACAGAUGAUUGCAAUGUAAUCGACCUACAUCACAUCGCAGACCAAGACGACCAUAUCACCAAGGGAACACCUUUCGUCACGAACAUUGCCCUAUAUGGACCAAACACCACAACAUCCCGAUUCCGAGCCAACAUCGACAAUGGGGCUAUGAUCAACAUCAUAGAUCUUAAAGUGUUCAAGAAAGCUGCCAAUCGCCUGAAAAGCUCACAUGAUGGAUCCGAAGUACCAUCGCACAGAGUAUGGACAGGGAUGUUCCAGUGGAACAAGGCAAAGAUUCGCACAUCCUUCAAAAGUGUUCAACAGUGGAGGCAUCUGAUACCAUCACCAUCCCUAAUGCACAAAGGCCCAUCACAAUCUGUAAUAUCGCAAAACUAUCAGCAACCCUCGACCCCGAUGUAUCACCAUGUCACAUACCUGUACAACAGCCAGUCGCAUCAAAAAGCCAAAUACAUGAUAAUGGUUCUGUCGAAUGCAACUACGGCACGGAAGUACAUGAUAAUGGUUCUGUGGUGCACAAUAAUGAACCUGAAGACGGCCCCAUCUUCUUAA